AUGGAUUUGCGCGUUAUAAACCACCCUAUAUACAAUUAUGAAAUAACAACUCUCUCUACUACAAAAAUCAAUUAUGAUAUCAAAUGUUAUAGCAAAAAUAUAAGUACGAGUAACCUUUCUCGUCACUUAAUUAAUGUGCAUAAAAUAUCAGAAAAAACUAAUAAUAAUAAAUCCAUUCAAACUCUAAAAAUGUUUCUAAAGCCAACGCCAACAUGUAGCAAGAAUAUUAAAGAUAAAAAAUUGCUCUUAGGGCGAAAUUAUGUUUUGAUGUGCUGCUUAGAUUUAUUGCCAUUCGAAAGCAAUAAUGGGAUGACAGAUUUUCUUAAGAAAUAUAAGAUAAUUGAUUCCUCAUCAGAAUUGCCUAAUAGGACAACUAUUAGUCGGGGAGCACUUGAUGAUGUUUAUUGUUCUAUAAAGGCUCAUGUUUUAAACCUGAUUUAUGCUGGUCCAAAAUUCUGUUCCAUUACUUUUGAUUUAUGGACCGAUCAUUUCAAGCGGCGAAAUUAUAUUACAUUUAGUCUUCAUCAUUUAGAUGAAAAUUUUGAUUUAAAAUAUUUUACCCUGACAACCCGAAAUGUGACUCAAAAGCAUACUGGGGAAACCAUAUUAUCGGAGAUUGAUGGUAUCGAAGAGGAGUUUCAUUUAAAAGCCAAAAUAAUACAAAUGGUAACUGAUGCAGGGGCAAAUGUCAAAAGAAGCGUCAGAUUGGGGGAUUAUGAGCAUCAUUUAUGCUUAGGCCAUGGACUACAUAAUUUGGUUACAGUUGAUGGCAUAAAAAAAGUUGCCAGAAUUGAUAAUCUCUUUAAAAAAAUUAGAGAAAUUAUUUCAGCCCUCAGAUAUCGAGUAGCUGAUUUGGAAUGUGAAAUUGAAGAUGAGCAUCGUAAAUGUCAGUCAAUUUAUGAGACAGGUCAUAUCUUGGAUAUUGAUGAUUCUGAUCCAUACCUUGAUGACCAUUUUGAUAAUGAAGCGGAUAAUAGAAAUGUCAUUACACCAACCAAUCUAUUUAAUACAAAAACGUUAAAAUUAAAUUGCCCCAUACCCGCUGGCACAGCAUAUUAA